AUGGGGCUGUAUUUUAGCCCCGGCAGCGGGAAGCGAGGCCCGCGACUCGGCGGGCUCUGCCGACUCCCGCAGGGCAGAGCCGUGUUCGGCCCAAAUAAACACGAGCCGGAGCGAAGGGCCCGCACCGAGCAGCUGCCAGCACCGUACCGCGGGGCCGGGGCUGUGCCUGGCCGCAGCGGCGGCGGAGAGGCCGCGUUCCGGCCCCGGGCCAUGGAGCCCCGCGGCGCGGCCGCCGCCGCUGCAGGUGGGACGGAGCGCGAGGCUGCCGGGGCUUCCGUGGAGGCUUGUGAGGGAGGAUGGGAGAGGGCUCCCAGGGGAGAGCACCGGGCCCGGGAGAUGCCCCCACCCAGCGGUGUCAGUGGCCUCUGGGGACAUCCCUCAUGUGCAAACUCUGUGCCCAGGGCUGCUUCGGACGGUGCUCCUGGUUCCCCUGGAACAACAACCUGGUUCCCCUGGGACGCCUGCCUCGUCCCCCUGCGGGAGGCCUUAGCGCUGAGCGCAGCUCAUGAAAUCAAAGGCAGAAGAGAAAAUCAAAUUUCAUAUUUGAAAAUAUCAAAACUAGCAUUGGCUUUUGCAAUUAUCCACUCAAAACCACCAGGGAAGAGUUCCAAAGAAUACACAGAGUACCUUUCCAAAAUUGUAUCCGAACAAGAUUUUGGAUGGAAAUGGAAAGUGGAAGUGCUGGAAGCUGAAGUUCUUCGAUUACGGCAGGAACUUCUUUUGAACAGGAUCUCUCCAAGAUUCUGCUUGGAAAAUAGAAAACAGGAUACCUCUGCUGAAACUCUUCUGGGUCAGGAACACAUAAACCCUACAAAUUACUCAAGCCAGCUAGAAGACUCUGGAUGUGAUGUCUGUAAUGACUCUGCAUUUGAUUCUUUAGGCAUAGCUUCAGAUUUUCACCAAUCUGAGCAUAAUGUCAGCAAACAUUGGUCGGAAGCAGUUCCCCCACUACAUCUUUUCCAUACUAGCAAGGAGCAAUCUGUGACUGCUCCAGUGCAUUUUUUGCAAUGCUUACUUGAAAUAAGAAAACUGUCAGAAGGAGGAAGUCUUCAAGCAGACUAUUCACAGCUUGAGAAUGAUUCUUUUACCAUAUGCAAUUCAGUGUCUCAGUUGCUUGAUGGACUGACUGUUUUUUACAACAGUCCCGAAUUCCCAGCUCCAAGUUUCCUUAAUGAAGGAGUUUGUGUUCUGAUCAGUUUGAUAACUGAUACUAAAUUAUCUAAUCAUGUUUUGAAGAAGUGUUUCAAGAAGAUGGAAGAAUUUAAGAAAAAUCUAAUUCAAAUUAUAUUAAGAAAUAGGAGUGUCAAUAGGUUUCAGGCACUGCAUUCUGUUUCACAAACUCUGAGUUUGCUAGGAAGGAACAACAUACUAAGAAAUUCUUUAAUAUUGCUUCUCCUAUCGGAAGUCCGUCAGUUCGCUGAGCAGUUGUUGCAAGCUCACCAGGUCCAGUCUGUGUAUGACAUCACCAAGUAUGAGAAUAUUUUUAUUUUGUGCAUGAUUCUGGAACAACUUCUUCAAAAUGAGACAGAAGAAAGUAACAUUUCAAACUCAGACUAUGGAGAAGAAGAAAAAAUCAAAUUUCUGAAGAACCUUGAUCAAAUUAUUCUUCAUCUCUCAGAUGAAUUCCCUUUGUUUUCUUUAUAUUUGUGGAGAGUGAGUGUUCUUUUGGACUCAGGUCGAAUGCAAAUUGAUUAA